CAAUGUUUUGGCCAAAACUGCAGGGUUUCUUUCAAAGCCUAUCGCUGCCCCAUUCUGCCCCAAGCUCAGCCCCAGCGAGGCCGAGCCCCGGCCCUGCUCCAGCGCUGGCUGUGCCGGGGGCUUGGGGAGGGGCUGAAGGUCGAGCCCUGCUUGUGCCUCGAUUUCCCCGUCCCGGUGCCAGCGUGGCUCCACUCAGGUGCCGGAUCAAGCCCUGGGAGCCAUGCCACAAGCCGAGGCCGGGGAGAGCUGCAGCCAAGGCCUGCCGGGGCUGAGAGCGGGAGGCAGCGGUGACACGGCUGCGGGGCACGGGGACAGGAGGUGCCAGCGCAGGGCAGCGUCUCGCUGGGGUGCAGCGCCGAGGGGCGCUCGGGCUGUCCCUGGCGUGCCCGGGCGCCCCGUGUGCUUUGGCAGAGGGGCCAAGGCCGCUCGGCGGGGCCGCGGCAGCUGCUUCCCUUCCCGCGCCCCCUCCCGCGGCCCCGUUAAAGCGCCCGCGGGGCCGCCGCUCGCUCCCACCGCGGACACCGCUCCACGAUGAUGCUGCAGCUCGUGCUCCUCGCCGCGCUCGCCCUGUGCGGGCGCUGCUCCGAGCUGGAUCUCGAUGGCAUGCAGCGGGUGGUCGGCGGCACCGAGGCGCGCUCGCACGCCUGGCCCUACCAGAUCUCCCUGCAGUAUUACUCCGGGGGCAGCUGGCACCACACCUGCGGGGGCUCCCUCAUCCACAGGAACUGGGUGAUGACCGCCGCCCACUGCGUCAACAAUAACAUGAACUACCGUGUGGUGGCCGGCGAGCACAACCUCAACAGGAACGAGGGCAGCGAGCAGGUCUUCAGCGUCAGCAGGAUCGUCGUGCACCCCUACUGGAACAGCAACAACGUGGCCGCGGGCUACGACAUCGCCCUGUUCCGCCUGAGCAGCCCCGCCACCCUGAACAGCGCCGUGCAGCUGGCCGUGCUGCCCCAGGAGGGCACCAUCCUGCCCAACAACUACCCCUGCUACAUCACGGGCUGGGGCCUGACCCGCAGCAACGGGCAGCUGUCCAGCGUCCUGCUCCAGGCCUACCUGCCCGUCGUGGACUACCAGAUCUGCUCCAGCGCGUCCUACUGGGGCUCCACCGUCAAGAACACCAUGGUGUGCGCCGGCGGCGACGGCGUGCGCUCCGGCUGCCAGGUCCGCCCGCGGCCCCCGCGCU